AUGGCAACAACACACAAAUUCAGAAGAGGAGGAGGAAUUAAAAUUCUCUACGAUGGAGAGUUUGGAAAAUUAUCGGAUGACGUUGUAUUGUACUCUAUUCUUCCCUACUUUUCAUCUAAAUAUUUGAUCAAGGAUUUGAGUUUAAUUUGUAGAAAAUGGACUGAUUGGAUUAGAUUUUGUAUUCCCAUGUCGAUAGAAUAUAAUAGUAAUAAUAACAAUAAUAAUAGAGGAGGUGAUGAUGGCGAUCGGAAUCGUGUAAUGGUUAUGAGUUUUGUAGAAUAUUGUAAGAAGGGAUUUAUGAAGAAGUUACAUUAUUUGGAAUUGAAGAAAUUGUAUUUUGGUUUGGAAGUUGAAUGUCUUGCUGGUGAUUUGAGCGAUUUAGAAACAUUGAUUGUUGAGAGGCGAGAAAUGGUAGCUCCCAAACCAGAAUAUUUGACAAAAUUGAAAAAUCUUAGAGUUUUGAAUGUGGGUGGAUGUUAUUUUCCUGAAAGUAGAGAUUUUGCAUUUCUUUUGGAACUGAAAAAUAGUUUAACAAGUUUGAAAUGUUCUUUUGUGAAUGAACAUGAACAGGGUGAAGUAAUUGAGAACACGUUGAAGAAUAUUUCAAAAUUGACUAAGGUGAGAGAUCUUUCAAUGGAUGCCAAUAAUAUUGAAAUUUUUAGAUUGGACUCUGCGAAAAUCAAUCAUUUAGUUAAUUUAACUGAGUUAGAUUCUCUCUCAUUGGAGAAAAUUAAUAUGGACAACACAUUACAAAUAAUUUCUACAAUGAAUAGUUUAACGUCACUUUCUUUGAGAAAUUGUAAUAUAACCUGUGAGGGGUGUAAUCAUAUAGCCAAAAUGAGCUCACUGAAAAGUUUGGAUAUAACUGAUAACGAGAUUGGAGAAUUAGGGUGUAAACAUUUGUCCACUUUACCAAAUUUGACUCGCUUAACUAUUGAGAAUGCCAACUACUCAGGUCUCAAACAUCUAAUAGAAGGUUUACAAAAAUUAGAGUAUCUUUCAAUCCGUGACAAGAAACCAAGUGGAUUGAACGAUCCUACUAACUAUAUCAAUUUUUCCAAAUUGAAAUAUUUGACAUACCUCAAUGCCUCAAAUACUGGAUUGAGUGGAAUGGAAUUUACAAUGAUUUCAAGGUUGGAAAAUUUGAGAGUUUUAGAUUUGUCGAAUAGCAAGUUAAGCAGGACUGAAAUUUGUGAAAUUUCAAAACUGCCAUCGCUUACUGAGCUUGACAUAUCACAUUCUGAGCACUCAAUUGACUCAUACGGAUGGGAUUACCUUUCUCAAAUUAGCACUUUGAAAAAAUUACAACUGAAGAAUAAGUGUGUAGACCUGGAUGGAAUCAAAUAUUUAAAAUUACACAAUUAUCUUAAUUAG